AUGUCAACAACACCACCAUCGACGUUGACGAGCACGGGGGAAGCUUACUCUGGAGCACCGCCUGGCCAUGUUCCCCUCAACAAUACCUUUGACUGGUGUUUCAGUCAGCCCUUUUCGUCUGCGAAUGACUACACCCCUAGAGCUCAAGUAUUGGACAAGAUCGAGGAUGAGAGGCCAAUCUUUGUGGAUAAUGCUUCAGACCGCGAACUCACCUUCGGCCAAAUGAGAAGCGAUGCCCUUGCCCUCGCCGCCGGUCUGCUGAGUCUGGGUCUCAACCCUAGCGAUAUCAUCAAACUCCCACCAACACCGACCUGCCCGCAAGGGCCCGAGAUCGCCCCAGUCGUCCUUAUCCAGCUUCCCAACUCACUUGCUUUUGUGCCCGUGCUACUGGGAACGCUGGCCGCCGGACUCACCGCAACGCUGGUCUCACCCGCCCUUACGAGCGAUGAAAUCGCUUGGAUCCUCCAAAACUCUCGGCCGCGAGCCAUCAUCACGGCGAAAGCCUGUCUCGGCGCCAUGCGCGAGGCGCUGAAGAAGCAGGAACCGCGAGACCGAGCCUUCUUUGACGCCGUGCCCAUCUUCACCUUUGACGCAGCCAAAGACCACUACCCUUCUGUAUCGUCAUCGUCACCGCCUACCUCUGUCGGCAGCGGCAGCAGCAGCAGUAAGAAGACGAACAAAACCCAGGACUGGAAGGUCCUCCUGCGCUCUCCCCGAGCAACAGUGGUCCCCUCCUCCUUCCUUCCCUCUUCCGCCUCCCCCGCUCGCACAGCCGUCAUUCUCUGGUCCUCCGGCACCUCCGGCCGAUCCAAGGGCGUCCUCCUCUCUCACCACGCGCUCAACUUCUCCGGCGCGCACAUGUGGCACGACGCAGCCGACUACCACUCUCUUGCAAAGGUCCGGCAGCAACGCUGGCUCGGCUACGUACCCUUCUACCAUGUCUUCGGUCUCUGUAACAUCGUUUUGCUCGCCAUCAUGACAGGCAGCACCGUAUACGUGAUGCCGUCCUUCAGUCUUGACGGCAUGCUAGCCGCCAUUCCGAAGAGGAAGAUCACCUACCUGCACAUGGCGCCGCCCAUUGCCGUGAUGUUGGCCAAGGCUCCUGUAGUCGAAAAAUACGCCAAGCGCGACCCAAAGACGGGUAAGAACAGCUUCAGCUCCAUCGUGGCAGCCGUCACGGGCGGCGCUCCCCUCGGACACGAGGUGGUCGUGGAGGUGUACAAGCGGUGCGGGUUCAGAGUCAGGCUGGGCUACGGACUGAGCGAGACGUGCAGCACCUCGCUGCAGCGCGGCACGAGCGAGAAGGAGAUGGUGGAGCAGGCGGGCGAGACGGGCGUGCCGCAUUGGGGCGUCGAGGUCAUGAUUGCUGAUAUGGAUGUGCCCGCUCCGGGGCUAGUGGACGGGAAAACCAAGGCGGCGAGGAUAGGGCAGGAAGGGGAGAUUUUGAUUCGGUCGCCGACGCUGCUUAGCGCGUAUCUGCCCGUGGGCAUGUUCAGGACCCCUAAGGGCCAGGAGCCGGAUAUGUCGGUCACGAGGGAGGCGCUGACGGUUGAUGGGUGGUUCCGCACAGGCGACGUGGGCACUAUCAGUGCGCAGGGGAGGCUGCGGAUCACGGACCGGCUGAAGGAGCUGAUCAAGGUGCGCGCAUACCAGGUUGCGCCGGCGGAGCUGGAGGCCGUGCUGUGUAGCAGCCCUUCGGUGGCGGACGCGGGCGUGGUGGGCGUGUAUGACGAGUCGGAGGCGACGGAGUGGCCGAGAGCGUAUGUGGUUCCGCACAAACCGGAGGCGCUGGGAAAUAAGACCGAGCUGGAAAAGCUGGCGCAUGAACUCAGGGUUUUGGUGGAAAAGAGGACGACCAAGUACAAGUGGCUUAUGGGAGGUGUGGUGUUUGUGAAGCAGAUCCCCAAAAGCCCUAGUGGGAAAAUCUUGAGGAGGAUCUUGAAGAGUGGUGGGGAGGACACCAAGGGGGUGGAGAUUCAGGUUUAUCAGAAGAAGAGGAGGGGGGCUGUUGCUGUUUCGAAGUUAUAA